AAUCUGAUUAUGACUAUAUUUAUGUUUUAAAUUGUCUAAUUCCUUUAACGAUUUUUGAACUUAUCAAACUUUUUGCAGAUUUUGAGUGGGCAGUGAAACUAAAUCGUAUCACUUUAGAUUUUAUUGGACUUUGGCCUAAAACAGCACAGAACCCUCGACAGAAAUUAAUGUGUAAUUUCCGAGCGCUUGUCGUUUACCUAGCAAUAACAUGUGGUGUUCUAAUCCCUUCGAUACAUUCUUUUAUACGCAUUUAUGGAGAUGUCAUGCUAAUGCUAGAUAAUUUGCAAUUUACUUUGCCAGCAAUAAGUUGCACGAUAAGAAUUAUGGUUUUUUGGUGGAAGAAAGAAGGUAUUGUACCAAUCAUAGAUAUGAUUGCGGAGGAUUGGGGAAAAUCUAAAAAUGAACAAGAGAGAAAUAUAAUGAUCAAACGAGCACAGAGUGCACGCUUAAUCAUUAUGUGCGCAUAUUGCAUUAUGACAGUAGGAUGCUCGUUUAUCAUUGUUCUUCCUGGAUUUGGAAUAUCGAUAAGACUAACGCCUAACAUUACUGAUAAAGGGAGAUUUAUGCCUUUACAAACACAUUAUCUUUACGAUGUAACAAAACGACCGCAAUAUGAAUUGACAUAUAUAAGCCAAUCCAUUUACAUAAUUCUUGCAGUCAUUUCUUAUACUGGAAUAGAUCAUUUUCUCGGGCUGCUGAUUUUCCAUAUAUCCGGACAACUGGACAUUCUGAAGAAUCGUUUGACAUAUUUAGAUAAAUACAUCAAUUCUCGCAGCAUGUUAAAGAAAUGCGUGGCACGACACAUUCGUUUACUUAGAGCUAUUGCCAUUAUUAAAGAUGCAUACAGUAUAACACUUCUCUCAUUAUUUGCAUACUUUGCAAUGCUGUUCUCUUUCUACGGUUUCCGUUUAAUUAACCUAUUCGACGAAGGAAAUGAUUUGUCACUGACACACUUGAUAUACUUCGUAUCUACGAUUUUUAAUUUAUUUGUAACUAUGUGUCUAUAUUGUGCUCUGGGCGAAUUUUUGGUUGCCCAAUGUGAUAAAAUAUAUUAUGCAGCCUACAGUAAUGAGUGGUACUCCGUGGAUACAAAACUCGCACAAGAUUUAUUGUUUUUACUGGUAAGAGGUGCUAAACCAAUUUAUCUCACUGCUGGAAAAAUAUUCCCCAUGACAAUGAUCACGUUUUGCAGUUUAAUAAAAACUUCAAUUGGAUAUAUAUCUGUUUUACAUACGACGAGACGUUAUUAGAAAUUGAGAUAAAGUUACGGCUUUUAAUUCUAAUGU